AUGGACAAUGUAAGAAGUGUAAAAGAUGGUGGAUCACAUAGGAAGAGUGGUCGAAGUCCUACUAAAAGAUUUGAUUUUCCUUUUCAAGUAAUAUCAAGUGCAGAAUUGAGAAAUAAAGUUCUACAACAUGUUAAGAAAGAAAAAAUUGACAAGUUACAUGAGAUGCUACAAGGAAACAAUAGAGAAAGGUUUCAGGAAAUUAUAGAAGUUGUGGACGAAACACCAAAAAAAGGAAAUCAACAAGAAAGAGUUCAAAAGGUUGAUCACAAUUUGGACAAAGAGACUAUUGCAAAGAAAAUGGAGAUAGACAAACUCUCGCAACCAAAAGUAAUGAAAGAUCAUGCACAUGGUGACAAAGAAGUUGUACAAGAAACACCAAAGAAAAGAACUCAAGUGAAAGCUACAGUGAAUAGAGAGAGAAUUCAAAAGGUUGAUGGAAAAUUGGACAACCAUAUUGCUAUGAAGAAAGCAGAGAGACCUAAGCUUUUGCAACCACAAGCUAAGGAAGUUUUUGCACAUGGAAACAAAGAAGUUUCACAAGGAAUGCUGAAAAAAAGAAUUCAUGAGAAUCUACUAGAGAACAAUAGAGAUAAAAUUCAAAAGGUGGAAAAACCAAUUGCAAGGAGAAUACUUAUUUCUUCCAAAAAUAAGAAACCAGAGAAAUCUACUCUAUCUUUGGACAUAAUGAUGUCAAAAGCUGAAUGCUCUAAAAAGCUAAACAGGGUGCCAAAAUGCCCAUCAAUGUUGAUUGAUGAUUAUGUAGAUCUUCACAAGUCAAAGGAAAUGGAUGCAACCAAGUCAAACAAUGGAGAAAAACCCGGCAGCAGCGUUAACCGUAGCUCUAAUCAAAAUCAGCCAAAAAAAGGAACUCGACAAGAAAGUGUUCAAAAUCGGGCAAAAGUCAACGAAGAAGAUGCAAUCACAAAUAGAGAAGAAGAAAAAGAAACAUCCCAAAGAAAAACUCGUGGGAAAACUUUGUGCAAAAAGAUUCAUGCAAGAACUUUGGAAGAGCGAGUAGAAGUGACCUAUAAUGAGGAUUUUCAGCCAAUUGGUCCUAGUGAAAAAGUAGUAUCUGACAUGAGCCUCUUCUUGGGAACAUUGGCUAGGAACUUAACAUUUUGUCCUCUACGUUACACCAAUUGGUCAGGAAUGCCAGAUGAUAAUAAAAAUCGUUUCUGGAGAUAUACUAAUCGGAAGUUUAUCUUGUCGGUUGAAGCACGGGAUUGGAUUGAGACCACUGUUAGAGAGGCAUGGAGAUUAUAUAAGCACAAAAUUAAGAAGAAUCAUUUUUUGAAGUAUUCCAACAUGACCGAGAGACUCAAAAAUCGUCCGCCAAACGUGCCAAUAGCCCAGUUUAAGAGUCUUUGUGCUUAUUGGAGUAAGGAAACUAUACAAGCAAUCAGUGAAAAUAACACUAGAAAUAGAGCUCAACUAAAGUGGAUGCAUCGAAUGGGUCCCAAAAACUUUGCUUUGACUCGUGAAAAAGUGCGUGAAAAGGAAAAAAGAGAGCCCACUCAAUCAGAAAUGUUUGUUGAAACUCGAAAAGGAAAUAAAGGAAAAGAACUGGAUGUAGAAACUGGAAAAGUAAUUGAGUGUCCAGGCAGGGUACGCUGUUAUGGGAGAAACAUAACUAAAACUUCCUUAAAGAGAAAGGCAGAGAUUAAUGCUUUGAAACAAGCCCACAGUGAAGAGGUCUCUACAUUAAGGGACGAGUUUCAAGAUAAGAUUGAUAGAUUGCAAAAUGCUUUUAAGACCGUAAUACAACAAUGCAAUCCUCAAAUUAAUAUAGAGUCAAUUGAAGAUUUGUUAGGAUUAUCUCAUGGAGAUGAUAAUAGUUCCCCAAAGGAUAUAAGACCGCAAAUGCAUUCAUCUACAUCAACUCAUGCUCCAUGUCAUGGAAAGCAAUGUAUCAAUGAAGAUGUUGAAAAGGACGAUAUAAAUGAUGAAAUUCAAGAGGACGACAUAAAUGAUAAAAUUCAAGAGGAAGACCUAAAUGAUAAAAUUCAAGAGGACGACGUAGAUGACGAAUUUCAAGAGGACCACAUAGAUCUAGAUGAUGAAUUUCAAGAGGACGAUAUAGAUGGUGAAUUUCAAGAGGACGACGUAGAUGAAGAAUUUAUGGAGGAUGACAUAUCUAACGAAUUUCAAGAGGAUGAUCUGGAUGAUUUACUCUUAGAAGACAAACUUGAGUGA